AUGAAGGUGUUUGGGAUCGAUUUUGCGCCACUCAAUAUUCCAUUUCAACGACGUAUUCAAACUUUUGCUACCUUAGUGGCGGUGGUGUUGUUCCUAUUCGGUCAUUCUGUCGGACUAGCAAUGACCAUUUGCGGUUUACUAUUUCCACCAUUGACUGUCCCUAUACUAUUCUAUCUCGUCUGGAUUUACUUCUUCGACAGUCAAUGCCCUCGUCGUGGUGGUCGACGAAUCGAGUUCUUUCGCAAUUGGUCAUUUUGGAGGUAUUUUUCCGACUACUUUCCUUGUAAGGUAAUCAAAACGUGCCAAUUGGAUCCUAGUCGAAAUUACUUGUUCGCCUAUCAUCCACACGGAUUAAUAAGCCUAGGGUUUCAGGUCACUUUUGUCGCCAAUGGCAAUGACUUUCAAGAGCAAUUCCCCGGUAUCAUCGUACAUCCUCUCACACUUAGCUUGGUUUUUCGCUUUCCGUUUAUUCGCGAUUUUCUCCUAUCUGUGGGCGUCUGCGAUGUAAGUCGUGAUAGUUGUCAAUACAUAUUGGAAAAGAUGGGCCCUGGACAUUCGAUUGGUAUUGUCAUCGGUGGUGCUGCAGAAGCUUUAGAUGCUCAUCCGGGCUAUUCUAGGCUAAAAUUAAAGAAUCGACGAGGGUUUAUUCGCAUUGCUCUUAAAUCGGGUGCCGAUUUAGUGCCUAUGUAUUGCUUUGGAGAGAAUGACUUAUACGAUCAAGCGAGUAACCCGCCAGGAUCAUGGUUAAGAAAUUUUCAGAUACGUUUUAUGAGAGCUACAACGUUUAUACCACCAUUAUUUCAUGGGCGUGGUGUUUUCAAUUAUUCUUUUGGUUUAUUGCCGUAUCGCAAGCCACUGAAUGUCGUUGUUGGAAAGCCAAUUUGCGUAGAAAAGGUUGAAAAUCCAACGGAAGAGCAAGUUGCUGAAUUACAUCAAAUCUAUAUUAGUUCACUUAAAGAACUAUUUACACAAUAUAGAAAGGAAUACAGUACCAAUGAAGUCGAAGAAAUAAGCCUAAUAUGAUCA